GAAGAAGAUGAUGAAGAGGAAGAAGAAGAAGAAGAGAUUGAAGAAGAUGUGAGACAGGAAGGGUCAGAUAAACCAUGCAGGUCUUACUUUCUCCGUGAACAUAAACCCAGAACACAGAAAUAUGAAGCUCCCUCUAUCAGUAAGACUUUUCGAUAUCGUCAAGAGGGCAUUGCAAGUAACUUCUUCAUAGCUUGGGGUGCAAGCAAAUCAGAAUCUUUUUUCAGAUGGCCACCAGGAAUUGGAUCUAUUGAAAAUGCCAAUGAAAAUUGUAGAAAGAGGACAGCGUUCCAUGGCAGCUCAAGUACCAGUUCAUCUUCCAACUCUGGUAGCGAGUCAACGGACGAGGAAAAGUUUCAGCGCCGUAAAGCCAAGAGUAUGAUGAAAUCUAGGAACAGGUGCUUGCCGUUAAAUCUAACGAAGGAAGAUAUGAGUGGUCUAGCUAAAGACAGGCAGAAGAUUGGUGCCAGUUUGGCUGAUAUUGAUCCCAUGGAAGUGGAUAGAUCUAUAACGUUUGAAAGUGUAGGAGGUCUAGAUAAACAUGUACGAGCUCUAAAAGAAAUGGUUGUCUUCCCUUUGUUAUACCCUGAAAUCUUUGAGAGAUUUAAAAUCAACCCACCCAGAGGCUGUAUCUUUUAUGGACCACCAGGUACUGGUAAAACUCUAGUAGCCCGUGCUCUAGCUAAUGAAUGUAGUCAUGGUGAUAAGAGGGUGGCGUUUUUUAUGCGGAAGGGAGCCGACUGUUUGAGUAAAUGGGUAGGAGAAUCAGAACGUCAACUUCGAUUGUUGUUUGAUCAGGCGUAUCAAGCUCGGCCUUCUAUAAUAUUUUUUGAUGAAAUUGACGGCUUAGCUCCAGUACGAUCGAGUAGACAAGAUCAAAUCCACAGCUCUAUAGUGUCCACAUUGUUAGCUUUAAUGGAUGGACUGGAUAAUCGAGGUGAAGUUGUAGUCAUUGGUGCUACUAAUAGGAUAGACUCCAUUGAUCCAGCCUUACGACGGCCAGGAAGAUUUGAUAGAGAGUUUCUCUUUCCUUUGCCGUCUCUUUCGGCAAGGAGACAGAUAUUGACAAUUCAUACUAAAGGCUGGAGUCCGAAAUUAUCACCCGAAUUUAUAGCAGAGCUGGGAGAGAAGUGUGUUGGAUAUUGUGGUGCUGAUAUGAAAGCGUUGUGUACAGAAGCAACUUUAUCAGCCUUGAGACGUAGAUAUCCACAGAUAUACAAAUCUUCAGAGAAACUUCAACUUAAUGUUAAUUCCAUCAACUUGGCAGCACAAGAUUUUUUUCAAGCAAUGAAGACUAUCGUACCUACUGCUCAACGUUCCGUUGCUUCACCAGGAAGAUGCUUAAGUCCACUGCUUCGACCAUUAUUGCAGCGAAUGCAGAAUCAAACUUUACGCAUGCUCCAAGAUACAUUUCCAUCCAUACUUGCUCAACUGUCAUCUCUAGACUCUCCUGGUAUUGAUAAUGAAUUAAGUUUUGAUGAUUUAUAUGAGGAAGAUGAUGGAGAUGAACACAGUAUUUACGAGAAACGUGGUAAUCAACAACAUCGACAAUCUAAUCUACCUCCAUCAUUUAUGUCUUUUACAAGUUGUUCAUAUCAACAACCGACAACAUUCCGACCUCGAUUGAUGAUAUCUGGGUCAGUAGGUCAAGGUCAAACCAGCCAUCUGGGACCAGCCAUAUUACAUCAUUUAGAACAAUUACCAGUUCAUGUCCUAGAUUUACCUACCCUGUAUGCUGUUAGUGCUAAAACACCAGAAGAAUCCUGUGCACAGGUAUUUCAAGAAGCGAGACGUACUGCCCCGAGUAUAAUAUAUCUACCAGUUAUUAAUCAAUGGUGGGAGGUAGUCAGUGAUACAGUACGAGCUACAUUUAUUACUCUGAUACAGAAUCUCUCACCUAGCUCCCCGUUAUUAAUGUUAGCUACAUCAGAAACUACCCAUCAUCAUCUACACUCUACUCUUCAGGGAUUAUUUGAUAUGAGAUCUCAGGAAGUUAUACAGAUGUCGAAUCCGAACCAAGAGGAGAGACGAGAAUAUUAUCAUGAUAUCAUAAUAAAUCAAACAAACAAACCACCAACAUCAAAACAUUCAGCUCGUAGAAGUUUAGAAGUCUUGCCAAUAGCACCGCCUCCAAAACCAAAAACUCUGUCAGAAAGUGAACUGAGAAAAUUGAAACAUCAAGAAGAAAGUACACUAAGAGAACUUAGAAUAUUUUUACGAGAUGUUUUAACUAAGUUAGGACGUGAUAGAAAGUUUUCAAUGUUUACCAAACCUGUCGACUUGGAAGAGGUGCCUGACUAUCUUGUUAUAGUUAAAAAACCAAUGGACAUGUCCACCAUGAUGACUAAAAUAGACCUGCAUGAAUACGUGACUGUCGAGGCGUUCAUGUCCGACAUUGAUCUCAUCUGUCGUAAUGCCCUGGAAUAUAACCCAGCUAAAGAUCCAGCAGGUCGAGCUAUACGACACAGAGCCUGUGCCUUUAAAGAUACUGCCUAUGCCAUAAUAAAAGCUGAACUCAACUCAGACUUCGAGAAACAAUGUCAGGAAAUAGCCCAGGCUAGAAAACGUAGAGGACAAGUGUCGAAAGAGAUUCCAGAGUUUUACUACACGGCUCCACCAGUACCUUCUAGAAAUAACCCCACACCCCCUCCCCCUAAACCAACUCCUGUCUCUUUACCAGACACAGAACGGUACAGUCGUAGAGUUCGUGGAAUCCAGGUGGAAAAACAGGCUCCGCUAGACCUAGUAGAGAAAAACUGGCAGAUGGAGAAACGCUUAUCAAGAAGUCCCGAUAAAAACUCGAGCGAGAAAAGACGCCCCGUGAGUGAAAACACAUCUAGUCGAACAAAAGACAAUUCAGCAAAGAAAGCUCAUAGUGAGACCACUCCCCGACCCCCAAAGAAAAAAGUGAAAAAGUGUAUCUGGGCCAGCACGAAGAGACGUCGUCGAACAAAAUCAGUGGCAGCAAUCUACGAUCGCGACUCGGACGCUCGUUCAGGACUGGAUACAGACUAUGAAGAGGAGGAUUCUGAUUUUGGGAAGUUGUCAGAUCACGAGGAUGUCGUGACGGCUAGAGUUGAAGAAAUUAAAACAGCUACGGUACAGGAUAAUACGCCUAGUUCAUCUCAUAAACACCAGUCAAUAACCACUGAUAAACCACGGCUGUCACGUUUAUUAGAUACAGUGGUAUCCUCUACUAAUAAUUAUAAUAUAGAACGUCUAGAGAAACUCUACAGUAUCUUCAGUCAGUGUAUAUACAGACAUCGAAAACAUUACGAUAAAAUUCCUCUCAUUAAGGUAAGAUAUGCGCAUAAUUUUCUGUGA